AUGUUAGCACAACCAAAAUUAUUAACUUGGUCAGCUGCUAAAACACGUAUUAUCAAUCGAUUAAAUUAUUCGGCUACAAUACAUGAAGAAGCAUCACCUAAAAUUUCUACAUUAGCAUCAAGAAUACCUCAAAUCUCGUUAUUUUCAAGUCGAUCUUUAACUAAGUUUCAAUUUGAUACUCAUCUUCAAGCAUUUACAUACUACCGAUCAAAUGAUGAUGAUGAAAAUACAGAUAAUAUUGAAGAUAUAAUAAUUACUUCAUUAUUUUAUGAUGAUCCAAAAGAUCCACGUUCAGCAGUUUUUGUAUAUUUUACUUCAUUAACUACUGGAAUUAUUCGACGAUGUUUGAAAUAUGAUUUUCAAUUUCCAUCAUUUCAAUUAUUAAAAUAUAUUUCAAGACUUGAACUUAUUGUUGGUUAUUCAAAUAAUCGAAUCUAUUUACUUUCGAAUAAAAAUGGUAAUUUAAAAUAUUUAACAUCAACUAGUUGUCCGGGUACAGUCCGAAGAAUAAUAUAUGAUAGAACUACACGUUCACGUGAUGUAAUUUAUGUUGGUGGUGAUAAAGGUUUAUUUGUUCGUUGGUAUUUAGAUAGAGAUUCGAAUGGAUAUGAAUUACGACUUGGCGAUCGAUUAAAAUCUGUAUUUAUUAAUCGAGAACAUAAUGUUAUUGAUAUGAAACUUGAUCGAAUAUCACAUAAAUUAUUUAUUGUUGGACACAAAGGAUGUGUCAUCUUUGAUACACUUUUAAAUCGAGAAUCAGCUAGUGUUCUUUCUGCUCAUGGUGCACCAGUUACAUGUGCAAAUAUCUAUGGAUUUUCUAUAAUAAUGGGAUUUUCUGAUGGUAUUAUGAAGAUUUUUGAAAUUGGAAAUGAAUCUAUUCCUGUUCGAUAUCAAUUACAAGCACAUCAUGCUGCUAUGAUAGGUCUGUUAAUUACUACUGAUGGUAUCAUAGUAACAGGUGCUGUUAAUGGUACGAUAGGUUUUUAUUCACUUGAAUCAUUAGUUAAACUUGGUGAACAUCAUUUUACUGAAUCUAUUGAACGAAUUAUGUUUGUACGUGGUGAAGAUAUACUUGUUAAGUUUAAAAAUGAUUUACAAUUAUUAACUUAUACAUUACCAAUUCGAUCAUUUUCUGCCGCAGUACAACCCAUUGAACAAUUACGUGUAACAUUUCCUGUUGGUAGCAUCCCGUCACGUGUUGUCUUGCGAAGUUCACAAAAUCUUUUUACAGUUCAUAAUCCACGUUCAACACAAAUUAUUAAUGUUAUUCCAUUAUCUCCUAAUAGAAUAAUUGUGAAUGAUUUUAUGUAUGAUUCAGCUGGAGAAAUUCUUUAUAUAUUAACUAGUAAAAUAAUAUGUAGUUAUCAUUGUGCAAGUCAACCAGCUUAUUUAUUAAAUAUGUUUGAAGUAAAAGAUGAUUGUCUUUUUACUAAACUUUGUUGUGUUAUGUGGUUUUCAUUACUUCCUGAACAUACAAAAAAACGUCGAGCAUUUGGAAUUAUAUUUGUUGGAACAACAAAUGGAAAACUCUAUCUUGUUCCUGGUGAUCAUGGACUUAAAUAUGCUUUAUUACCAAAUUCACCUGACGCAUUAGAUAGUUAUUAUCAAAUACUUAAAGAUACGGCAACAGUUGAAACAUUAGAAAUCUUUCAAGCCUAUGAAACCUAUACUACACGAGGAGGUGCACGAUAUUUACUUGCAAUUGGAAAUGAUCUUAUUGCAAAAUUUUAUCGAGUAUCAAUAAGUGAUCAUGAAAUAUUCUUACGUGAAUUAGGAGUACCUAUUCGUCUUGAUUCACCAUGUAUCGGUGCAGCUAUGGCAGAAUAUCGAAUAGCUAUAGCAUGUGCACUUCGUGGUUAUAUUCAAAUGUAUCUAAUAACAAUUCAUGGUCUUGAUGAAAUCUCACCAAAAGAUAUUCUCUAUGAAGAUUCACCAAUCAAAUCACUUACUGGUUGUGAUACAUUAGGGUUAUUUGCAACAUUAAAUAAUGCAAAUGAAAUCAUAUUAUGGACAAAAAAUAAUGAAGCAAUAAGAAAAUUAAAAUGUGAUGCUCCUUUAAUAUCAAUUGCUAAUCUGAAUGAUAGAGGAGAUAUUUUAUUAAUAUCAAAUAGAAGAUUAUAUUUUUUAAUGAUUAGUGAUUUUGCACCUGAUCAAGCAUUAUUUGAUUUAACAAAAAAAACAAUUAAGGAUGAUCCAAUUGAAUAUCCAGUACAAAUCAAUAAAAAAUUUGAUCCAACUUCAAAUGAACCAGUUGAAACCGUUCAGCUUAAUCUACGAGCGAUUCCACAAGUUCCACAAGAUGUCGAGGAAACAGAUCCAUUCGAUUUUUUUCAAGCAAUCGAACAAAAGAGAAUCGAAGCUGAAAUGGCCAGAAGAUUAGAAGAGAAAAAAAUAUAUCCAAUUGCACCUGAUGGUUUCAUUCCUAAUUCAACAAUUCGUUCAAUGUUUAAACUAAAAGAUAUCGAACCCGUCGAUAUGAAUAUAUUUCGAUUACGACUUAUGCCACCGAUAACACAAAAUACAAUUCAAACGGAAUUAGAUGAACGAUUGAAACGAUAUGCUGUUUUACCAUAUGAUGAUAGUGCUCGUUCACUUAUUUCUCAAUCAUUAAAUAAAAUUGAUAUUCUUGAUAAUUUAGAGAAUAAAACAAAUAAAAAUCUUAAUUGGCAAAAUGAUGAUGAUGAAUGGGUAGAAUUAGGUGAUCCUGAUGGUUCAAUUAGUGCAAGUUCAUUAAAACCAAUAAAUGAAAAAAAGACUCGAACUGCACGUCCAUCAGCAGAUACGUUAAUAGCUCGUCAGAAGGAUUUACUUCCCGAUGUAUUUAAACGAUUGAAGAAAGAAUCCUGGUGGAAACCAAAAGAUGAUCAAGCAAAUAAUAAUUUACGUUCAAUGUUAUUAUAUUUACUUGAAAUAUUAAAAGCUAAACAAAAAGAUUCAUAUGAAUCCGCUUGUAAUUAUGUCGUGGAAAUAUUCAAAACACAUGGAAUUGACCAAUCACUUGUUGAUCAAAUUCUUGAUAUAUUAAUUAAUCAUUUAGUUCAAAGUGGAAAUGAUCCAUUAGAUGUUCAUACAGUUCAAACAAUAGCUCAAUUUAUGAUUGAAAGAAAAAAUAUUGUCGUAUCAUUACUUGAUUUUGCAUUAAAAUAUCCAUCAGGUGAUAUUCUACAUCAUGAAGCAAUAAAUGCUAUUAAAUUUAUUACUGAUGUUAAUAAUUCAGAUGAUAUUGAACUAGUUUUUGAUAAUAUGGCAGUUGUUCGAAACGCUGAUGCUGAUACAUUUUCAUUUAAAGCAAUUAUUGAAAGAAUAAAAGCUAAACGUAAAAAAUCUUUAAAUGGUUUAAUCAAUGAUGGAAAUGAAACAGUUAUCGAUGAAAUUCAUCCAUUAUUAAAAAAAAUUUCGGAAGAACGUUGGUUUCCUCGUGAUAAUAUUCCAAUUACACUUGAUUCAAUUAUUGAUAUUAUUCUAAGUAAAUUACCAAAUGCUAGUAAAUCAGUAUUUAAAGCAUUAACAACAUAUCUUGUUCAAUUACAUCGUGAAAUUGGAUAUUCAAAAGAACAAUUCACUCGUGUGUCCAAUGGUAUUAUAUCACUUCUUUCACAUGCUGAUGCUGAUUAUCGAUUACGAGCUGCAUCAGUUCUAGCUGAAUUAGGUCAAGAAACAAAAUCCAUCGAUAUUGCUUUACUUAAUUCAUUUUUAAAUGAUUCUCGAGUACUUGUUCGAACUGAAUGUUGUGAUACAUUAAAAAAAUUAACUGGUAUUACUUCGGAUACAGUUUUAAAAGACUGUGCAGAUGAUAUUCCAAUUCUACAGACUUUACCUGAGGAAAAUUUUUCACUUCAAAAUUAUUUGAAAGAAAAAAAUCGAAAAUUAACAACAACAGAUGAACAAGCAUUAGUAUCGAUUGAUGAAAAACAAGAAAAUGAAACUGAAGAAGAAAAUAUACCAGUUGUAAGUAAUACUGAACAAGAAGAUUCAAAUAAAAAUAAUGAAGAUACAAAUGAUUCUUCUCCUAUUAAUGAACAAAUCGAUCAAGUUGAUGAUAAGAAAUCAAGUGUUCAUUCACGUACUCCAUCACCCGAUGUCAAUGAACAAUCGAAUACAGAAUUUAAUAUAAUACCAACUAAAAGAACUUCACCUGAACCAACAAUUCGUAUUGAAAUAACUGAGAAACCAAAACCUACCACACACACUUCUAAUGAACAAUCAAAAGCACGAAGAGAACCAUCGCCAUCCAUACAACCAUCUCGUUCACGAAAACAACCAUCGAAUCCACUUGAACAAUACAAUCCUAUACCUAUUAAAAUCACUGUUUCAGAUCAAUCUACUGGCAAACGUAUUGUACUUUUACCAAAUAACACAAAUACCGAUGAUUCAUAUACAAAUCAGAAUGAUAAUAAUUUUCCAACUUAUCAAGAACAACCAAUUGAUCCAAUUCAAUCAAUUAUUGAUGAUCAUAAACGUCAUGAUGGCUAUUAUCGUAUGAUACCAAAACGUCCAGUAUUAGUUCCUCAUAAAGUUUCUCUUGGAGGUUUAUUUGGUGAUCAAACACAUAUAAUUCCUAAUAGACAAAUACCUGUACCAUCAACAACAAAUACGAUGCAUUUAUCGGAUUUAAAUAAUAAUAAACGUCAUUUAAAUAAAGUUGAAUUCGUACAAUUAUUAUCAUCAUUAAUGAUCCGUGCAAUAACAUUACAUAGAAGACAUGAAAGACUUAUUCCAGGAUUAUUUUCAUCUAAUGUAAAUUCUUCAGAUGGUUUUACUGAAGCAUUAACUAUUUCUCAAAUGCGAUUACAUUCAUCAUUAGAUCCUUAUCAAACAAAUUCUUUCAUAUCAAAUAGAUUACCAACAAUUUAUCAACGAGGUCGAUCCUCAUUUGAAAUAACUAGAAUAAAAUCAGAUGCACAAACAAGAGCAACAAGAGAAGGCAUCAAUCUUCACAAAGUUAGAGAUAUGGAAGCUGCGUUGUCUAAUCUACUUAAAACUGAUAGUGAACCUAAACGAUCUAGAAUUAUUCGUUCAAAUACCAGUCGUAAUCGUCCACCUCCUCCUCCCAUAACACCUACAUCUGAUCAGAGCGAAAUAACUCAUGCAAUGGUUCUCGAACAAAUAUUAAAAUCACAAGGUAUACAAAAUCCUCAAAAUUACAUUCAACAAAUAAGUCGUACAUAUCCAAAAUUUAAUCCAUUACUUUAUUCACGAGUACCACAACAUCUUAUUUCUAUUAUAUGGAAUGAUCCUGUUAUGAAACACCUUGCAUCAAUUAUUAGUACUAAACAAGAUGAAUCAUUUAUACAAGUUGUACCAAUUAAAUCUGAUUAUCAAAAUCUACCAAUAUUUGAUGAUGAACUAACAUCGAAUGUUUUUGAUUAUUCUGCAUCAAAUUCUCUUCUGUCUUUACAACAACAACAUCGAGAUGAUCAUAAAAAGAAAAAUUUACCAUCAGUUCAUGGUAUUAAAUUACCAUUACCACGUCAUAUACUUAAAUUUGGUUAUCGAGAAAUUGAUGCAUCACCACCAGAAACAUCAAUCGAGUUAUUACGGACUGAAAAUCCACCAAAAUUACGUCGACGUCAAGCUUUUGUGCAUCUACGAUGUAAUCAUGAUUAUCAUUCCAAGUAA